AUGAUUUCAAGAGAAGAUUUUACAAUAGCUUAAGACAUUAAAGAGGAAUAUCUUUGUGGUAUCUGUUAUUAAUUAGCUCUUAAUGCUGUUGAGUGUCAAAAAUGUGAAACUCUCUUUUGUAAUCAAUGUUCUAUGGAUUGGAAAAAAAAAAAUGAUAUGUAUCACCAUAAAUAAAUAUUAUAAGUUGUCCUAAUAAAUGCGAAGAACCUUUUGAUUUAAAGCAAGCACACAGAAUGAUUAGAUCAGAAAUACUUAAAAUAAAAUGUUUGUGUAAAUACAAUAAAUUCGGCUGCAAGGAGUCAUUGGUUAUAGAUCAAAUUCUUUAGCAUUUACAGAAAUGCGAAUUUAUCCCAGUCAGGUGCUGUUAAUAAUGCGAAUGGGAAGGUUAAGCAAAAGAGUUAGAAAAUCAUGUAUUAAAUUGUUUAAAAUUUAGCAAGAAAUAUGCAAUUUUAUAUUACAUGUAAAAUGCAAAUAAUGCAAAUAAAAGGUAUUAAAAGAAUAAAGAGAGACACAUAAUUGUUUUGACACAUUAGUCAACUUAAUUACAAAUUUAUAAUUAGAGUUAUCUGAGGUGAAGAAGAAUUCAUAAAUUAAAAUAAAUGAACUUGAAAAUAAGCUAGAAGACUAAUAAUAAUUAUAUAGUUCAGUUAUUAAAUCAUCAUAAUUCAUUUUAGAAAAAUAAUAGGAAUAGAUAAAUAGUCUUUCAGCUAUUAAAUCUGAUAAACCUCCUGAUUCCAUAAUCUUAAAUUCAUUUUAUAAAACAUCUUAAAAGUCUGUAAUAUAAUAACAACAAUAGCUAUAACAAUAAAAGCAAUAAUAACAAUAAUAAUAAUAAUAAUAAUAAUAAUAAUAAUAAUAAUAAUAAUAAUAAUAAUAAUAAUAAUAAUAAUAAUAAUAAUAAUAAUAAUAAUAAUAAUAAUAAUAAUAAUAAUAAUAAUAAUAAUAAUAAUAAUAAUAAUAAUAAUAAUAAUAAUAAUAAUAAUAAUAAUAAUAAUAAUAAUAAUAAUAAUAAUAAUAAUAAUAAUAAUAAUAAUAAUAAUAAUAAUAAUAAUAAUAAUAAUAAUAAUAAUAAUAAUAAUAAUAAUAAUAAUAAUAAUAAUAAUAAUAAUAAUAAUAAUAAUAAUAAUAAUAAUAAUAAUAAUAAUAAUAAUAAUAAUAAUAAUAAUAAUAAUAAUAAUAAUAAUAAUAAUAAUAAUAAUAAUAAUAAUAAUAAUAAUAAUAAUAAUAAUAAUAAUAAUAAUAAUAAUAAUAAUAAUAAUAAUAAUAAUAAUAAUAAUAAUAAUAAUAAUAAUAAUAAUAAUAAUAAUAAUAAUAAUAAUAAUAAUAAUAAUAAUAAUAAUAAUAAUAAUAAUAAUAAUAAUAAUAAUAAUAAUAAUAAUAAUAAUAAUAAUAAUAAUAAUAAUAAUAAUAAUAAUAAUAAUAAUAAUAAUAAUAAUAAUAAUAAUAAUAAUAAUAAUAAUAAUAAUAAUAAUAAUAAUAAUAAUAAUAAUAAUAAUAAUAAUAAUAAUAAUAAUAAUAAUAAUAAUAAUAAUAAUAAUAAUAAUAAUAAUAAUAAUAAUAAUAGUAAUAAUAGCAAUAAUAGUAGUAAGAAUAAUUUUAAAAACCUCCAUUUAUCUAGAGACAAAUUCCAAUAUUUAAAACUUGUGGAAAAUUGGGAGAAAUUAGUAAAGAUAAAAUGUGUAAAUAAAAACAUUUAUUACGUUUUUGGUUAACUCCAGGUAUUGACGCUAGUAGAUAAACUUGCAAUAAUUGUUUAAAAAAUCAGAUUUGCAGAUACAUUUGUGAAACUUGUUCUGAAUAUUAUUGUUUAAUUUGUGCUCCACCAGAUAACAUGUGCAAAGGAAAAAGCUAUCCUUCAUAUUGUCCAACUGGUCAUAAAAUGGAAGUUAGAAAAGGUGUGGGUUAUGUAUGUGAUGUUUGUGGAUAAAGUGGCUCAGAUAUGCCAAAUAGCAAAACUUAAUGCUGCUAGCAAUGUGAUUUUGAUAUUUGCUAAAAUUGUUAAGAACAGAUGAUUAAGAAUAAAGAAUGUACCAUAUUUUGA